AUGGAUCAUCACCCGGCCUAUUAUGUUUACUUACCCAAUUAUAUGCUUGAAUACGUUGUUGGUGAAACUAAUCCUAGGAUCGAUGCGGACCUCUUCUUGAGCAAAGCUACUCCAAAUCAAAUUGUGGAGGUGAUCUCAGCGUUUCAUCCCCGUCUCCGUCUAACUCGAAAUGCCGAAGAAGACCAUGAACUCCUCCUCAAACUUUUCAUUGAGAAGGUGGCCCCACGUCUAUCUCGUUUAAUCAGCUCUCUUAAUGGCAACAAAAACUAUAUCCAAGGCCUAUUCGCAUGCCCCGUAUACAAACCUGAUCAACUCACUAGCCGAUGGAUCAAUUCCAGCGCUGAUUACGACCCUAAACGAAUUGAUAUGUUUGACACCGGUACUCUUAUGCACCUCAGGAGCGGGAAGUACCGUCUUGCAGCCGAAAGCCUCCAGCACUUUAUCGAGUCCUAUACGUUUCUGAGCCAAGCAGAAAUUGAUGAGAUUAUUGGUGCUCAAACUGAUGCUGAGGACACUCUCCACGACACAUCCAUCUUCCUUGAACGAUCCGUCGAGUCCAUCGAAAGUAUUCACCUUCAAUUGCGUCUGCCCACCCUCUCACGAACCAAACGCGGAGAUCUUGAGGAGGAAUUAAAAUGUGCUAAAGCUUCUUUAAGAUCCCGUCAGGGGAUGUUCAAUGCUGCCAUUGAAGACGUUGGUUUUCUUAGAGCGUUGGCCAAACAUCAUGAUCCUCCAAAAACAUCAACCCGCUCAAAAUUAGCUGAUCGAGAAAUUAUUGGAGCAUUGGCUGAGCAACAUGAGUUCAUCAAGGAACAUCGUCCUGUCAAAACAUCGAACCACUGA